AUGGCAGAAGCUCCAGGGGGAUACUCGCUGCGAGAAGUUGAGAUGAAUACUGACGAUAGAUAUGGCUUUAAGAGAGAAUAUAGGAAACAGAAGUAAGAAUUUGUUGUUUAUAUUGCAUUCUGUGUGACUAUCCAAUAGAUCAUUAGUUUGCUCUAUGGACCUUUUUCGACAGCACGCACGUCUUCCUCGAAGGUCACCUGAGCGGAGCGAUUUUUACGAUCAUGGAAGCUCUAAACCAUCGGAGAUUUAUUACCACAUAUCGAGGAAUUUCCCAAACCAUGGUUAAAGUGAAAGAAAUCUGUGUAUGGCUUUUAAAAGGAAAUCUAAGUGUUCCAUUUAUAUAACAUGUGGUGCAAACACACACGCUUAUUCCUUUUUUAUGCGUACAAGCUGCAUUUGUCUGGGGCAGUGACUUCUCUAAAGGACGAUAAUUCCCUUCCAAAGGGCACUGUUGCAAUGUCUUUUGUGACUUGCAGAGUAAUGAACCACCGCUUUGAAAUUUUUGGGCAGAUGUGCUCCAGAAAUGUGUUGUAAGUUUUUAGCAAAUCAUGAAUGAAAUCACAGUUGUGGAUUGCGACUGUGCAUUUUUAAAACGGAAGAAUGCCGACGUAAGAAGUGUAAUCGAAUUCUUUAACAAUAGGAAGUAUUUUGACUGUUAGUUGAUAGGGGUCUGAUAGGUAUCUACAUCUCUGACUUUCGUUUUUAAAAUAGUAAGUGAAUUCUAAUUAUGAUGGUAAACACAUCCUAACUUAAAGUACUUACUACAUUUUUAGCUUAAGUGAACUACUGUUAAGUAAUGUAAGAUCAUUAUAAGCUUACAUGAAUUCAUAACAUUUCAGGCUUAAUUUUAGAGACAUGGAAGUUGGAACAGAAGAUAACAAGGAAAGCAAAAGAGGAAAAACAGUGAGUUGAAGUGACAAAUAUAGACAAGAAAAAAAUCCCAGAGUCUGUCCCUACUGUCAUUUAAAGUUAUAAAGGCAAAAAUUAAAGCUAAUAAAAAGCAGUUAGAGAUUUGGGAUUAAGCAGAAACAAUCACCCAUCGAUCCCCUACAGUAAAACAAUUAGUUUUCAAAUGUUGGGAAUGAUUGUCAAUCCUCACAGGAAUAAAGGGAUGUGUCAGGAACAUAGAAACUCCAGAUUCUCCCAUUUGUUUCCCUGACCACAUGAUUCCAGAUGAUCAGGGAUAUAAUAAUAUUGAUUUCAAGGCUUUGUUAAAGCUGGCCUAAUCUGGAUGGUCAGGGAAACAGCAAUAUUGCUGAUCAUUUGAAAUCUUCCCUACAAAUGGAAACCAGGAGUGCUUACCAUUUACGUGGGAAAACCAGAAAUUUCGUUGGAAUUGCAAAUGGUUCGCUUCAUUUCAUUUGGGAAAACUUUUGAAAAUAUGGGCUGUGUUUUAAUGUGAUGAAAUUUUUCAACCCUUUUUAGUCAGUGUUCAGCUGAUCUCGAUAUACUUUGUAGCAAGUCAUUCUCCCUCCACAUCAAAUUUUAUAGUUUUAUGUUUAUGCACAAAAUUUCCACAUGGGUAGUUUUUAGAAAUGGUAAGCACCUCAGGCUUUAAAUGAGUACCAUUAAUAGAAAACUAAGGUGAAGGUUGAUCAAAUUUGCCUAUUUACAAGUUACCUUUAACUUAAAGAAAUGUUCCUGCCAAGAAACACAGCAGCUGCAAAUUAACCAGUUGAAUUUUGCUGCUUGCACCUUUAUUAGUUUGUUCAAAACUGCAGCUUGUAUGGAUUGUGUUCAACUGUGAGAAAUUGUGGAAACUUAUAGUAGCUCUGUUUUGAAUUUAUUUCUUAAAUGUUUAAAAAAUUUGAUUAGUGUCAUAUUAUUUUUAGAACAAAGGUUAACCUAAUCCCUCAUCUUCUUAACUAUUUUAUAGUCCAAAAUUAAUAAUGACCUCUUCUCAUUCCAUUAAAUUAGUUUUUAAUGGUAUUAUUAUUCAUCUUCAUUUUAGUCUGAAGAACAAAACAAUCCAUUCAACAUGACUGCAAAGAACUUUCCAAAAAGAAGGUAUGUUUUUUAUUCUUAAUAUUGUUAUGUCCAGGGCCCUAUUAAAAAAUCAGGAUUAUAUUAAUUUUUCUGUUCCAUUUUGAAUAAUACUGUAUUUAAAAGCUAACAGAUUCAUUUUAUCAAAUGUUUCUGGCAGGAAAAUUAGAAAGGCAAGGAAAUAUGUUUAUUCUACUGUACUUUGUUUUAUUGCAGAAGCCGAAUGCAUCCUUCUGUGGCCUCCUACAAUCGCACCAGGUACAACUGUGUUUUAAAUACCUGCCAACAACAUUUUUUAGAUUAAAGGCAUGAGGUUUUUUGGAGAGUACUACAGUGUAGGAUUAUUUGCAGAGGACCCAAUCACAGGGUUGGCACAGUCUUGAAAAGUCCUUGAAUUUUAAGAGAAGUCCUUGAAUUCCAUUUUUCCUUCAAAACUCCUUAAAUUUCUGUGCAAGUCCUUGAAAUGUCCUUGAAUUUUCAACUUUACAUGUAGUGACCUGCAAAGUGUUUUUUGAUGCUCUUUGGUUGUCCAAGACAGAAUAUAAAUCAUAGCUCGGACGAUUUAAAGGUUAUUUACAUAACAUGCUCGAUGUUUUAUGCAAUAAUUAACUAUCAAUUUAAGACAAGUUAACUGAAAAAUGUAGAGAAGUUGGUGAAGCAAGCAGUUCAAACCUUAAAGCCUUAUAAGAAUAGACUGGGAAUGUGCAUUUAUGUACAAUCUGUGAAAUUGUAUUCCUAGUAGGUGGUCCUUAAAAAUCUAAUGUGGCCACUGAAAAGUCCUUGAAAAAUAGUUGCAUUUUUUUGUAUGAACCCUGAAUCAUAUCUGAAGGUACAACCUAAGAAGUUUCAUUGGAUUCCUUUCUAUUAUUGAAAUGAAACUGAGAUCAGGGUUCUCUGAAAGCUCUUGUGAUUGGCAAAAGUCUUCGUCCUCUCAUUACUGAAUAAUAAUAAUAAUAAUAAUUUAUUACUAAAACUAUCCAGUCCAUAUCUAAUAAAUAAACUAAAAAUUACACAGAGUCAAAAAUGUAAAAUUCUAAAAAAAUAACAAGCAUACGCUUUCCUAAAAAGAUGAGUUUUCACUAAGGACUUAAAAACGUCCAUUGUCUUAGCAUUUCUAAUGUCAUUUGGGAGACCGUUCCACAGUCCCGGAGACGCAACUUGAAAUGCUCUGUCUCCCAAUGUCUUUUUUGUUUUUGUAGCAUUAUAAGGUUGUAGUAGUAGCUGUGACGAUGAUCUUAAAUCUGAAGCAUUGGCUACUACUACUGAUCUGAAGCAUUGGCUACUCACAAUAGAGAGAGAUAAUGAAUCUUUUUUUCCACCCUAGUCAAGUUUGGAAGACAUUGUAAUCAAGUGGCUUACAUUAUUAUUAUUUGCUAUUCACAGGGGAAGCACAGUUAGUGCUAAUAAAGCUCUAGAACUUGUUCGAGCAGCCUUGCAACCAUCGCUCAAUGCGGAAAUUGAGUCUGUUUUGAAGAGCUACCAGGAGGUUUGUUUAACCAAUGCAGCUGAUGUUAAUAGAGAAAUAAGAAGACAGCCAAUAAUGUCACAACUUAAAUGACCAAUCAGGUCAAUAUCCAGAGUUGAAUACUGAUAUGGUACACUUAGAUUGACUUAGACGACUCCAGGACAGAUUGUCAAAACAUCAUUUGUUAUCAACAACAGUCAUAUUCAGGAUUACACUCACCCAGAUGAUCAUAUUCCACCUUCUUAUGAAGUAGUACCUAGGUUCAAGCCAUUCAAAGUUGAUAGAUUGUUUCUUAAUUUGCCAGAUGUUUCGCAUGGCUGCACGUAACAUCAAAGACAACACAAGUGAACCUGUCUCAGAGGAACAGAUAAAAGCUGUGUUAAGACGCAGCCUUGAUGAGGUACUAACACUCUUAGUAAAACUUUUGGUACCUAUUCUAGUGUAGCCCUGGUGACAUUGAGUCAUUUUUGAACUGGAGUGUUCAGAGGUCAGGCUGAAGCAUACAAACUUAUAAAAGCAAUUACAGUCCUGACUUAUUGUCUUGCACAACUCCUCAUCACCUCAACCCUCUCACUAGAUGCAGAACUGGCCAAAGUCAAAACUGGACAGAUAUCCAAAUAUUUACUUCUUAAAUGCCCCCUAAAAUUAGUACCAUUAUGGCACUGUAACAAUACUGCCAAAGACAUUUCAUCAGAUAGGGGAUUUUAGAACCAGCUGAACCCUUUAAGCCCUAAUACUCACAUGCAAAUUCUCCAAACUGAUCUCCAUACAGUUCCUUUAAGAAUUAGUUGAGAGAAUUUGAUAAAAGAUCAUGGCAUUUUCUCUUUGGUGAUCAUUUUAUUAAUUCUCUUUACUUUAUCUCUUGACAAUGUAUGGAUAUUGUCAGGAGAAAAUAAUGUUGUUGGUCACCAUUGGGACUUAAAGGACUCCAUCAUUCACUUCGGGAGUGAAAUGUCCUAUUCCAGGCUACAAUAUUGUAGUGCUGUUGUGCAGUAAAAGGUGAUGCGAAAAAUGCACAUGGGGGCUGGGGAGAGAGAGGGCAGCAUGUCUUAUUUUUGCUUGCAUAUGAUAUACAAGGGGUAAGUGCUUUGAUCUUUCAUCAUACUCUUUUUAAAAACUUUUUUUUUUUUUGGAGAAUUUGUAUGUUGGUGUCGUGGAUUAAAGGGUGAACACCUGUGUAAGCCACAGUGUAUCAUGAAUGUUUUAAUGUCUGACUUCAGCAGUUACAUUUUACGUCUUAUUAUGCAAAUUUAAGUAUAUUUAUCCUUGGCUUUACCCUGAUUUAUAUGAUGCUGUAUUAGCAAUGUUGUAGCCUGCAUCGCAGACAUAACCUUAUCCUGAUUAAUAACAUCUGUGAAGCAGCCCUGCUGAUAUCCUUGUUCUGGGACCCUAGUGGACUCAACGAAUUAUUACCCGAAGUGCAUUUUGAAUUUCCCUUCAUGUUGACUGGCAAAAGGACAAGGACAUUUUUAACAGGCCAAUUAUAGCGCAUACUCAAAUCCUGGUACACUGGUGGGAGCCCAAAACAAGGAUUUCGGCACUGUUUGGCAUACUAACUUAACCAGAGUUUAGUCUCAUCUGCGGUGCAGGCUAGCAAUAUUGCAACUUGUCUACUUUUUUCAAUUUAGUACCAUUGGCAACCACUAAGUUAGAUACAUGUUACUAACUACAAUGCCACACUUAACUACAAGGAAUUUAAAGAAAACCUGACUUUGAAUUAAACUAGCUAAUAGCCCUUAUGCAUGAUUACAUCAGACAAGCAAAUUUCACCAUCAAACCUCACUUUUAAGCAAAAUUCUUUGCAUUUUUUUUGCACUAUUUAUUUUGUGCAUGGAUAUUCUUUUCAACUCUAAAAGACAUGGAAAUUCAUUUAUGCAAAACUCUGUUGCUUUACACUAUUUCAAAAUGAGGCUUAGUGGUGCAAUUUGCUUACUGACCUCGGGGGGGGGGGGUUGGGUUUACUUGGGUAUUUUUUUAGGUGGGUAUGUGCCGCCUGGAACUCCAAAUUGGCACCCCGUUUUAAAAAAAUUUCCCCCAAAACUGAUACGCCGUUCUAGAAAUGGGCCAAUUUUUUAUGCUCCGUUUUAGGGUGCAACAAGAGUACAACAGUUCACUUGUUAACCCAUUGAACCGUAUUUUAAAAGCGAUCUGUCCUUGAUUUCAAAUGGCUGCUUACAAGACUGGAGCUUUCGUGAAUUUGAAAUAUUAUACCCCGUUCUAGAAAACGCCUCUGAAAUGGAUACCUCGUUGUAAAUCAGGAGCUUCAAAAUCACGACCCUGUUGGGCGGCACAUACCCGUAUAGGUAAUGUAUGGGAGUACCUACCAUUAGAGCUAUUAAAAUAAUGAAAUCCCUCUGUUCAACAGGCUAAGGUCUUGUUCAGAAUGGACAACAAAAUUCACCCAGACAGCAGGGUAAGAAAAUAUCUAUUGCUAUUAGUUUACAGAAACAAAAAAUGAAUGGAAAUAGAGGAAUUUGAUUGGUUUAUUAUUUUAAUGGAUACAAGCCUAUUUGGCUUUUGGUUCCAGGUUAAGCGAACACUCAGGUGAAAAAACUUCAUGCGCGAGAACUUUCUAGAAAUCAAGCAAUACUUCGCUUUGACGUCAUACGGCAACACAAUUGGCCAAUCGAACAAUGCCUUCUCCACAUUAGGGUUUUCUUUGGCAUGAAAACAAAGAGUCCAUGUUUUGAUCUUUUCAUCCAUUGGCUGAUAAAACAAAUAAUGAACACUUACCGAAACCAUUUUUCAAGAUCAUACGAAAAUCGCUCUAACAACAAUUGCACUGAGUGUGUGAGUUUCUUGACAUUUAAAAAGCUCUAUGAUCUCUAGAUCAUAUUGUACCCCUGGGUGAUGUUAAAAGAAAAUUGAACCACAACAUAUCUUCUGGUUUUUUGAAGGAAUGUCUUAAGUUUUUCUGUUUCUUACUAUAUAUUUGUUUCGAACUCAUUAUUAUUAAAGUGAAAGUUUAUUACCUAAAUCCAAGGAUAAAGUUGAACCACAACAAAUAUAUUGUACAGUUUGUGAGCACACCCUGAUUGAUUUCUCUUCAAUAUUAUCAAGCAACUGCCCAUCAGGCAGUCAUGAUGUUACUCACUCUAGAGCUUUAUAUAGCCACUUCACUUCUUAACAGAAAUUUCAGUUGAUAGAACUACAAUCUAUCGUAGCAGUGGUUGCUGCCGGGCAUUCAUAUUGUGGUUGCUUCUGCUGAUUACUAAGGGCCUGUUUACACUGAGGCAGGGAGCCCUGGUAGGUGAGGUAACCUUCCUGUCCAUAUAAUGGCUCGUAUAGUCACCCCACCCUACCAUGUAAAUGUGAUCAAAUUAACAUGAGUUUAUAUGGACAGGCAGGUUAUCCCACUUAAGCAGGUUACCUCACCUGCCUAGCGUUCCCCACGUCAAUGAAGACAGGCCUAUGAGUUGUUUCUAUGAAAUCGCUAUGCAUGCUGAACUUUUUUCAACUUUCCUAAUGAUCACAACAACCAAUAAGCAUCAGUCAUGAAGAAACCACAUGUAUUUAUUACUGUAUUAGUGCAGCAUAUUAGCCAAUCAAUAACUGAAGAUGUAGAUAUAAUUUUUCAGUGCUUCUUGUUAAAGAAAGAUUUAAUUUUUUUUAUAGAUGAGAUAUGAAAGGGGAGGAAGCCCAGCAGUUGUGAAAAAGGUUUGUGCAUUAUUCUUAAAACUGAGGUCAUGGAAUUAGCUUUUCCUAUACACCUGAUGCACUUGUCUUGCAACUUUUUUUUUUUUAAUUUUGCAGAAGAGAUCGCGACCUGAUCCAGACAAAGAAAGGUAUUGACUCAAAGUGUAAUUUGACUAUUAUGAAAUAAGUUUCUGUCGAUUAGUGUUGAAAUGUACUGUACGAGUAUAUGACAAUAUUAUUGUUGCACCAAUCGUACAAUACUGCACGUAGUCAUAGCAAUAAAAGUGUUAGUGUAGCGGUAUGAGAAGGUUGCACAAACUGCCACUUACUCCUAACUCUUACUCCUCACAGAAUUACAAGAAAACUUUCUGUUAAGUCUAUCACUAUCGUGGUUUAAGGUGAAUAGAAGUUACAUUGAGUUCCCGCCUAUUUUUUUAUUGCUUUUAGUGAUGAGUCAUCACCAGCCAAGUCAAACAAAUUGGAAUCCAGAGCAAUCACCUUUGAUGUAAGUUUAGCUUAUUGUCUCUGUCAUGAAAUAAGAGGUACACUGCACAUUCUGCAACAACGUUACUGUUGAUAGACCUAUAAUUUAAGUAAUGGGUUUUAACGUAAUAGAAAUCCCAUCCUGGUUGUACCUAAAUGCCAAAUAGACUAACUUCUUUGUAAUUUUAAACAUCAGCGUGCUCACAACCCAGUUCACUAUGAAUGCUCAACCAAUUUUUUUUACAUUGAUGUCUUUGAAUACCAGUAGUAUUUUUAGGAAAAAUUCAUAGUUUUAUUCUGUGUUUCAUUUUAAUUGCCUUCCUUCCUUUCCUUCUUUUAACCUUUACAUAUUAUAUUGUUUGAUUUCAUUAAGUGAAGCCAAUAGUAGUACCGUAAAAUUCCGAAAAUAAGCCCCUCCAAAUAUAAGCCCCCCAAACCGGUAGGGGCGAUUUAACAGAGGGUUUUUUGCGUUCCAAAUAUAAGCCCCCCGGGGGCUUGUACCUGGAAAAUUGCCCUCAAAUACAAAGUAAAACAAAGCAAAAACGGUAAAUUUACUUCCAACUAAAAGGCUAGCCCAAUCGAUUUUGAAACGCAAAUUUCCGUCCUUAGAUAAGCCCCUCCGAAUAUAAGCCCCUCCAAAAAUAAGCCCCUCAAAAAGGGCCUUUGAAAAAUAUAAGCCCUGGGGCUUAUUUUCGGAAUUUUACGGUAUUCUAGCACAUAAAUUUUCUAAUGCGUAAAUUUUUGUCUGACAAAUUAUAUUCCUGUGAUUUUGUUGUUAUUUUUCAGUGGAAGCCUGAUGAACUUAAUGAGAAUACAGAGUUUGUGAUGGGUGUAAAAGCAAACAAGUAUGUUGCAUAGUUAUACAUUAACAUCAAAAUAUAGGGAACUAUUGAAGAGCCUUUGUUACUCAAUGAUGUGUAAUGGAAGAGUGGUUAACCUUUUAAGUCCAAAGAAUGACCAACAUCAAUGUUCUCCUUACAUCAAUACUAAAGUGAAAUGAAAAAGUUACAAGAAUUGUGAAAAGAAAAACCAGCUUUGAUCUCUUAUCCAAUUCUUUCGAUGAAUUCUAUAAAGAAAUGUAUGGAGAACAGUUUGGAGAAUUUGUAUCUGGGUAUUGGGGCUUCAAAAGUUAACACCUUGACCUUCAGACCUGUACAAGAACGCUGUCAUUGCUUUCUUUUCUUAGACAAGAAGCUUUGCUCCAGUCUCUUUCGUUUUCCUCAGGAGUUUAAAUGGGUUGAUGGGUGAUGUACAGUACAUGUACUGUUAGAGGGUUAACCCGGUGAUUGACCAGCAUCCCAGUCAGGUGCAGGUCAGGUGGUAGAAGCAAUACUCCUAGUUGCUUCGUUUAGGCUCUGUUUUUUUUUUUUACCUCCUUGGUUUAUGCGUACGUUUUAGGAUCUUUUAUUUUUUAUUACCAAAAAAGUACUAUUUGUUGUAGUAAGUUGUAUUGUAAAAGUUACACAAUUUUUUCCAUCAUCAUUACCAGUAAUUUUUUUUAAAAACUGACUUUGUUGGUUCUUCCUCUGAGAGAAACACUGUUAUCUUACAGUACUUAUUUUGUUCUAUUUCCGAUAAAUUAAGGGCCCUUGGGAUGGCUGCAACUAGGGGAAAGAUUUAUUACAGGCAUCCAGAGCUGUUUAAGGUAAAAUUGAUUUUUAAAAAUUUCACGUGAAACAUUUUUACUUUUUGUCAUUUUUUUUGGGUAAGCCAGUAAUUCAGGAACAAAGCUGAAGUGAGGGUAAAUGAUAAGAGAAAUAAUAGUUGGCCCAUGGCAAGUCAAGUUUGCCUGUCAGUGGGCUUAGGCCAUUGAUUUUUCUUGACCUUUAAAAAAAUGAGUCUUUGUUUCUUCACUGGAAACAUUUCUUAACAACACCAUCUGCUUACUUCGAAAAGUAACAUUAGCCCCGCCCUGUUGUUAGUUGAAGACUUAGGUAAAGAGCUUGGAUUAAGCACAGAAAAUCUUGGGUUAAGUCACCAUCACUGGUUAAGUCACUGUUAACAACAGUCAUAUUCAGGACUACGUUUACGCGGAGAAUUAUUCUCAUCCUACUUACACGAGAUACUGUUGAACAUUACAUGAGAAAGAAAUAAUAAUAUGAUUUUCACUUGAAAAGAAAAUCGCAUAAUACAACGUAAGUUUGUUGGCUUCUCUUUUAAGUACUCUGGUGAUUCUGAUGACAAGCUGUGGCUUUAUGAACAAAAUGAACUUCCCAUCACAGGAGGAAAGGUGUGUUGCUUCAAGUUACUAGAAUAUGCAGUGUGGUAUGGUUCAGUUUGAAUGUUAGGAAACAAUGAUUUUGUAGUGAAGCCGUGCAACAUUAAAUAAAUCAAUGAGAUACAUAGGCACUUUAUGGUGUAGCGUUAAUGAAAGUUUAUCAUAGUACUUUUUACCAGUACCCUCUUUUAACAGACACCCAUUAAAGUUUGACCCUCCUAUUAAUGCCUAUGUGUAGUAGUAACAUUUUGAAGUUAUCAUCGUCAAAGUUGUUUUUUUUUUGUCAUAAAGGCACCUAAGAAAGUAUGAUAAAGUUUCUUGUGUUGGCAAAAAAAAAAUACAGGAACAACAACAACAACAACAAACAAGCGAGAGUGAUGCAGAAACAUGAAGCCUAUGUACUAGUAAGAUAUAAACUCUAUUUAUUUUUGUAGGCUUUUCUUAUGAUAGCUGAUGACAUCAGAAAGCUGGCAAAUCAUGAAGACUACAGGUCAGUAAUAAGCAUUAAGAUUUCAAGAUUUUAUCUCAAGUUGUCUUUCACACUGAAGUUAGUUUGAAAUGUCAGUCAUCUCCAACCCUAACACACUUGCUAUUAUUAUGGUAGUGGUAUUUGAGAAUAGAGUGAAAAAAGAAUGAAAAAGAUGCAAUGUUGGUUUCAUGCAUUUGGUUGGAAAAAAAUGUCUUCAAAGUCAACAUUUAAGGGGAAUUCAAAGAAAGAAUUUGCAAGCAUUUCAACAAUUACUUCUGGGAAUGUCUUGUUUUAACAGGGACGGCCCUUCCGUUUGUCUGGGGAUUUUUUUUGGUUAUUUAUUUUGAAAGAGCUAGUUCUUCUAAAAUCUAUUAUCACAGUGUUUCAGGGCCUUGCCAUUAUCUCUGGACACUAGUACUCCAAAAUUCUGUAACCAGUAUCACAUAUCAGUUUUAGUCGGGGGAUGGGGAGGCAAGUUAAGUUGGUAUUCCCUAGGCAUAAACCCUCCUUCAGAAUUUUCUGGAUUUGCCCCUGAUGCAAGCUCAUUCUUGGAGAAAGAAAAAGUGUAUGGAAGAUUACAUUUUUCUUAUUAAGUUGUUAAUUUCUUUUUAACAGAAAUGUUGUAGGUCUUAAUCUGGAAGAAAUCAAAGGAUUUAAAGUUCCACCUAAAAUGUUGGAGAAGAUCAGAAACCACAUGAGAAGUAAGCUAUGGCUGCCUCGUAACCUCAACUAGGCUAACCUUUACUAAUAUCUGACGUCUGUUUGCCUUCUGGUUGCAAAUCUUAUCUAACUAGAAGUGCUGCUUUGAUUCUUUCUCUUUCUUAUUUGAGUGAUAUUAAACAGGAGUAAGAAUCUAACCAUGCUUUUUGCAAGUAGUAAUACAGUCACUGUUUUUCCCAAUACGCAAAGAACCCCUAAGUGCAUGUUCCAGUAUUAAAUCUCCAGGGGGCGGGGUACUCAACAAAGUUGUAUAUGUGGAUGCUCCGCCCCAAGGUCCAACGCGUUACUCUUAUGUACCACUUUGAGAGGAAAGGUACCCCUUUCGUAAGGCUUGUAUUGACAAAUGGUACCCUUUUCACAAACCCAGUUUAGAACUUUGCAUCCCUUUUAACUGCUGUAAAUGCACUGUCUUUUAAAUAUAAACAGCCAUAAAAUGUAUCUUUUAGCCCUUGGUCCUGUUUUGCUGCCUGAAAUGACAGAUUUCCGUACCCUUUCAUAUACUCCAACAAGUGAAAUCCCUACCCUUUCAUAUAGCUGAAGCCUGAAAAAGGUACCCCUUUUGGGUGGAGCCUCACUGUUUAAACCAUUAUAAUGAGUACCCCCCAGAAUUAAAUCACUUCCCAGGGAGUAGCCAGCUUUUCGACUAGUUGUAGGCCUGGCUGACUUUCAUUUCCACAUAUCCUGAAAAUUGUAUGUAUGACUGGUACGCACUGACCUCACCAACACUUUGAGCUUUUAAGCUUCUAAGCUCACGCUAACAACGCAUAAUUUAUUACAAGCGGUAGAGAGAUCAAACCAAAAAUUUGUAGGCCUGGGCCUACAGGUCUAUGGGCUCGCUACGCCCCUGACUUCUCUAGUCAUACCUUUUUUGUAUUUCUUUUAGAAUUAAAGCGAGAAGCAGAAUCUCGAUUUGACAUCAAAAGUAAGGUUAAAGAAGAACAACCAACUGUAAAAGUGGAACAAAAGGUGGAAGAGGAAAGAAAGCAGACUGAGACAAGGCCUUCUGGCAACUCUAGUGAUCAAAACUAAUUAUUUAAACCAUAUAAUGGUAUAGAACCUUAUUUGAAUUCUGUAUAGUGGUUAGCCACAGCAUAUUCUUAGAAGUAGUUCAAGUAUUUGUAGUACUAUAAGAACUCGUUGUUGGGGCGAGGGGGCAGGGGCGUGGCCACUAGUACCAAAAUUGGGCACGAGGGGUCCUGCUGAGGGGUUAAAACCCUGACCCUGUUUAGGAGAAAAGGCAAUCCUGAAAUACCAACCCUGCGGAGGAUAACUUCCUGUCUGUGUUACAACCCUGUUUAGAGCAAUGGAUAAGAAACACGUUCAGAUGUUCCUGUGGGGAAAAUAAAGGACGUUUUUAGGAUCAGCUCACGUAGAAUUGUAUUCUCUUUUUAGAACAGAGAGGCUAUAAAACUAUACUAUGCCCAGUAGCACAUCCCUUUAUAGACCAAAUAAGGGAGUCCCCCCUUCCCCCCCAGGAUUGGAAACAAAUCGGUCGUAGAGUAAUGUACAGCCUUAGGUCCUAUUCGCACUACGGCAAAGAAUAGAGUUUGAUGUCUGCGAAAAAUUUGAAAAUUUUGUACUCACCAAUUUUUUUUUUUUUUGGGACCUUGUUCGCAUCAGAGACACGCGAAAUUUUUCGUUUUACCAGAAAUGCCAAUUGAAGUAACUUUAAUUGAUCAUGUGUGCGAAAUAAAAUGACCCGACGAAGGAUAGCUGUCAAAGAACAAAGGAGAUUGUCGCCUGACAAAAAAAUGUAAGUUCCCAACUCUUCUCGAUGGCAUCUGUGAACUUUGGUGACAAUUGAGAAAAUUUUCGACGAUGAGGAAAAAUUCGUUUGCACUAGAAAUGCCUCGCUGUUAACAGAGUUUUUUGCAAAACAAACAAAAUUUUGCUUCGUGCGAACAGGGCCACAUGUUGGAAGGCUAAUUACAGACAUAUAUGUAUGAAGUAAAUUCCUUUUUUGAUGAGACCAAAGUUAUUCAUUUAUGUUAUUAAUUAUUGCACAGAUUAGAUUAUGUCAUCACAUCACAACAAAAUUCAACUAAGGCAUGAAUUUUAGUGGAUGUGGUUAUUGCAUAAGAUUUUUGUUUUUGUUUUUCAGUCUACUUGGGCCAUCCCAAAUGGUUGUCUGUUUUGUUAGUAUUUAACUUUUCAACUCCCCAAUAUAUACGUCGCCCUCGAAUAACCGCCGCACCUAAGCAGACAAAACGCGAUGUUUAUUCGAUAAUCAUAAGAGAAAAUCUGGGUACAACUUUGUAAUCUACACCAUCCAAAAAAUUUCUAUUUCACAUAUAUUUUACAAAUGAUUUGCCGUAAAUGUUCUCAGUGAUUUAAGAAAUGUAAUUUUAGAUCAUUUUAGGGUGGAACUUGCCCUUGAAUAAACGCUGAAAAUUUAAUAAAUGCGGCAUUUAAUCGAAUAAAUGCAACUUGUCUUGCGGCAUUCCUGCGAAACGAGUUGAACAGUGAUGUUGCGCGUUUUACCAGGUUAACGCGCAACAUCGCUAUUCAACUCGUUUUGCAGCAAUGGUGAGCAAUGUUGAAAAACAAGUUGCACGUUUCUGUUGCCCGUUUUUCCGAAGCUUUAGACACCUGGACGGGUUAUUUUGAAAUUGACUCAAACUUAUCAAAGCCGUGCAUAUUAUUUAGGAACGCACUGAACGGGCCUGACUGUCCUGUUUUAUAGUGAAAUUCUCGUUACGUAUGGAUCGGUUCGACGCCCUAAGUUUUCUUUCCAAACUUUUUCUUGAUUUGUUCAGUAACGUUACUGAAAAAGGCAAUGAUUAUUGCAAGAACUAUGGUAUCUUACUAUGGUAUAUGGUGUAUGGAAACUACCUUUGACGUCUUUGUAACAAAUACCCCGGCUUUGUUCUUUAUAUAUUGGUUGUUUACCACUGUACUUUAUGUCUUAAUGCGAUUAAAAUUUGUUCUCUGG